AUGGGAGCCUUAGGGCUCCUAAGGCUGCUGCUACUGCUGCUUUCAGCGGCAGCCUUGGGCUCCGGAACCGGAACCGGGACCGGGACUGGCACCGGCCAUCUCGCCGGCUCACCCGCCGUGGGACCAGCUCUGCAGCCUCGGGAGCCUCUCAGCUACUCACGUCUGCAGAGGAAGAGCCUGGCGGUGGACUUUGUGGUGCCCUCGCUCUUCCGUGUCUAUGCUCGGGACCUGCUGCUGCCGCCUUCGUCCUUCUUGGAGCCGAGGGCCAGACGGCCUGAGGCACGCGGCUCCUUGGCUCUCGACUGCGCCCCACUACUUAGGCUGGUAGGGCAACCGCCCGGGGUCUCCUGGACGGAAGGCUCCAGCUCGCCAGCCCCUGCCCAGGCACGGACGCUGACCAGGGUGCUGAAGGGCGGCUCGGUUCGCAAGCUCCGGCGCGCCAAGCAGCUGGUACUGGAGCUGGGAGAGGAGGCGAUCCUUGAGGGCUGUGUCGGGCCCCCAGAGGAGGUGAUUGCGGGACUGCUCCAGUUCAACCUCAGCGAGCUGUUCAGCUGGUGGAUUCACCACGGCGAAGGGCGGUUGAGGAUCCGCCUGAUGCCAGAGAAGAAGGCUUCGGAAGUGGGCAGAGAGGGAAGGCUGUCUGCGGCGAUCCGUGCCUCCCAGCCCCGGCUUCUCUUCCAGAUCUUGGGGAUCGGUCACAGCUCCUCAGAGUCUCCGACAAACCUGCCUUCUCCUCCUCCUGAUCCUUUUGUAUGGAAUCUGACCUGGAUAAUGAAAGAUUCCUUCCCUUUCCUGUCUCAUCGCAGUCGAUACGGUCUGGAGUGCAGCUUUGACUUCCCCUGUGAGCUGGAGUACUCCCCACCACUCCACGACCUCCGGAACCAGAGCUGGUCCUGGCGCCGAGUCCCUUCUGAGGAGGCCUCCCAGAUGGACCUGUUGGACGGGCCUGAGACAGAACACUCCAAGGAGAUGCCCAGAGGCUCCUUCCUGCUCCUCAACACCUCAGCAAACUCCAAGCACACCAUCCUGAGCCCAUGGAUGAGGAGCAGCAGCGAGCACUGCAGCCUGGCUGUCUCAGUGCACAGGCAUCUGCAGCCUUCUGGGAGGUAUGUCGCCCAGCUACUGCCCCACAACGAGGCUGGAAGAGAGAUCCUUCUGGUACCCACUCCAGGAAAGCAUGGUUGGACAGUGCUUCAGGGAAGAAUUGGGCGACCAGAGAACCCAUUCCGAGUGGCCCUGGAAUACAUCUCUAGUGGAAACCGAAGCUUGUCUGCAGUGGACUUCUUUGCCUUGAAGAACUGCAGUGAAGGAACAUCCCCGGGCUCCAAGAUGGCCUUGCAGAGUUCCUUCACCUGCUGGAAUGGGACAGUCCUCCAGCUCGGGCAGGCCUGCGACUUCCACCGGGACUGCGCCCAGGGAGAAGACGAGGGCCAGCUGUGCAGUAAACUCCCUGCUGGGUUUUACUGCAACUUCGAAGAUGGCUUCUGUGGCUGGACGCAGGGCACGCUCGCACCCCACACCUCCCAGUGGCAGGUCAGGACCUUGAAGGAUGCCCAGGUCCAGGACCACCAAGGCCAUGCCCUGUUGCUCAGCACUACUGAUGUCCCUACUUCUGAAAGUGCUACAGUGACCAGCACUACGUUUCCCGCCCCGAUGAAGAACUCUCCAUGUGAGCUCCGAAUGUCCUGGCUCAUCCGUGGAGUCUUGCAGGGAAACGUCUCCUUGGUCCUGGUGGAGAACAAAACUGGGAAGGAACAAAGUAGAAUGGUCUGGCAUGUUGCCACUAAUGAAGGCUUGAGCCUGUGGCAGUGGACAGUGCUGCCUCUUCUCGAUGUGGCUGACAGGUUCUGGCUGCAGAUUGUUGCGUGGUGGGGGCAAGGAUCCAGAGCGACCGUGGCUUUCGACAAUAUCUCCAUCAGCCUGGACUGCUACCUCACCAUCAGUGGGGAGGACAAGGUGCCGCAGGAUACAGCACCCAAAUCAAGAAAUCUGUUUGAGAGAAACCCAAACAAGGAGCCGAAACCCUGGGAAAAUACACCAAGAGAGACCCCCAUCUUUGACCCUACAGUUCACUGGCUGUUCACCACGUGCGGGGCCAGUGGGCCCCAUGGCCCCACACAGGCCCAGUGUAACAAUGCCUACCGGAAUUCCAACCUGAGCGUGGUAGUGGGAAGCGAGGGGCCCCUGAAGGGCAUCCAGACCUGGAAGGUGCCAGUCACCGACACCUACAGCAUCUCGGGCUACGGAGCUGCUGGCGGGAAAGGCGGGAAGAACACCAUGAUGCGGUCCCACGGCGUGUCUGUGCUGGGCAUCUUCAACCUGGAGAAGGGCGACACGCUGUAUAUCCUGGUCGGACAGCAGGGGGAAGACGCCUGUCCCAGCACAAACCGGUUAAUCCAGAAAGUCUGCAUUGGAGAGAACAACGUGAUAGAAGAAGAAAUCCGCGUGAACAGGAGUGUGCAUGAGUGGGCAGGAGGGGGCGGAGGAGGGGGCGGAGCCACCUACGUAUUUAAGAUGAAGGAUGGCGUUCCAGUGCCCCUGAUCAUUGCAGCUGGCGGUGGCGGCAGGGCCUACGGGGCCAAGACAGACACAUUCCACCCCGAGAGACUGGAAAAUAACUCCUCAGUUCUGGGGCUGAAUGGCAAUUCCGGAGCCGCAGGUGGUGGAGGUGGCUGGAAUGAUAACACUUCCUUGCUCUGGUCUGGAAAAUCUUUGCUGGAGGGUGCCACCGGAGGACAUUCCUGCCCCCAGGCCAUGAAGAAGUGGGGGUGGGAGACAAGAGGGGGUUUCGGAGGGGGUGGAGGGGGGUGCUCCUCAGGUGGAGGAGGCGGAGGAUAUAUAGGCGGCAACGCGGCCUCAAACAAUGACCCCGAGAUGGACGGGGAGGACGGGGUUUCCUUCAUCAGUCCACUGGGCAUCCUGUACACCCCAGCUUUAAAAGUGAUGGAGGGCCAUGGGGAAGUGAAUAUUAAGCAUUACCUAAACUGCAGCCACUGUGAGGUAGAUGAGUGCCACAUGGACCCCGAGAGCCACAAGGUCAUCUGCUUCUGUGACCAUGGGACAGUGCUGGCUGAGGAUGGCGUCUCCUGCAUUGUGUCCCCCACACCUGAGCCCCACCUGCCGCUCUCGUUGGUCCUGUCUGUCGUGACCUCAGCCCUUGUGGCGGCCCUGGUCUUGGCUUUCUCCGGCAUCAUGAUUGUGUACCGCCGGAAGCACCAGGAGCUUCGAGCCAUGCAGAUGGAGCUUCAGAGCCCUGAGUACAAGCUAAGCAAGCUUUGCACCUCGACCAUCAUGACUGACUACAACCCCAACUACUGCUUUGCCGGCAAGACCUCUUCCAUCAGUGACCUGAAGGAGGUGCCUCGGAAGAACAUCACCCUCAUCCGGGGUCUGGGCCAUGGUGCGUUUGGGGAGGUGUAUGAAGGUCAGGUGUCUGGAGUGCCCAGUGACCCAAGCCCCCUGCAAGUAGCUGUAAAGACGCUGCCUGAGGUGUGUUCUGAACAGGAUGAACUGGAUUUCCUCAUGGAAGCCUUGAUUAUCAGCAAAUUCAACCACCAGAACAUCGUGCGCUGUAUUGGGGUGAGUCUGCAAGCCCUGCCCCGAUUUAUCCUGCUGGAGCUCAUGGCGGGAGGAGACCUCAAGUCCUUCCUCCGGGAGACCCGUCCUCGCCCGAACCAGCCCUCCUCCCUGGCCAUGCUGGACCUUCUGCACGUGGCUCGGGACAUCGCCUGUGGCUGUCAGUAUUUGGAGGAAAAUCACUUCAUCCACCGGGACAUUGCUGCCAGGAACUGCCUCUUGACGUGUCCAGGCCCUGGCCGAGUGGCCAAGAUCGGAGACUUUGGAAUGGCCCGAGACAUCUACAGAGCGAGCUACUACCGAAAGGGAGGCUGUGCGAUGCUGCCGGUCAAAUGGAUGCCUCCAGAAGCCUUCAUGGAAGGAAUAUUUACUUCUAAAACAGACACGUGGUCCUUUGGAGUGCUGCUGUGGGAAAUAUUUUCUCUUGGAUACAUGCCAUACCCUAGCAAAAGCAACCAGGAAGUUCUGGAGUUCGUCACCAGCGGAGGACGGAUGGACCCACCUAAGAACUGUCCUGGGCCCGUAUACCGGAUAAUGACCCAGUGCUGGCAACAUCAGCCUGAAGAUAGGCCCAACUUUGCCAUAAUUUUGGAGAGGAUUGAAUACUGCACCCAGGACCCAGACGUGAUCAACACCGCUUUGCCCAUAGAGUAUGGCCCACUCGUGGAGGAGGAAGAAAAGGUGCCCAUGAGGCCCCAAGACCCGGAGGGUAUUCCUCCUCUCCUAGUCUCCCCUCCACAAGCUAAACGGGAGGAAGGGCAGGAUCCAGCUGCCCCGCCCCCUCUGCCUUCCACUUCCUCCGGCAAAGCCUCCAAGAAACCCACGGCCGCGGAGCUCUCUGUUCGCGUCACCAGAGGGCCCGCCGUGGAAGGGGGACACGUUAAUAUGGCGUUCUCUCAGUCCAACCCGCCAUCAGAGCUACACAAAGUCCAGGGAUCCAGAAACAAACCCACCAGCCUAUGGAACCCAACUUAUGGCUCAUGGUUUACAGAGAAACCCACCAAAAAGAACAAUCCUCCGGCAAAGAAGGAGCACCAUGAGAGAGGAAACCUGGGACGUGAGGGAAGCUGUACCGUCCCACCGAACGUUGCAACUGGCAGACUUCCGGGCGCCUCUCUGCUCCUAGAACCAUCCUCGCUGACUGCCAACAUGAAGGAAGUGCCUCUGUUCAGGCUACGUCACUUCCCGUGUGGAAAUGUCAACUAUGGCUACCAGCAACAGGGCUUACCUUUAGAGGCCACCACUGCCCCUGGAACCAGUCAUUACGAGGACACCAUUCUGAAAAACCAGCCUGGGCCCUGAGCCCACUGGCACUCAUUUAUCUUACUUGGGAACCCUGAGCCCGUGGAGGAGGGACAGGAAAUGUCUCCCCCACAACCAGAGACCAAACGUCGCUUUUCAUUUUGUGCCAACUUGUUUUGAAGUGCCACAGAAACAGCUGUAUUUUCAAAAUGCUUUAGGAAAAGGUUUCGAGCAUGGGUUCAUCUCAUUCUUUCAAAAGAAGAAAAAUAUCACAAAGACAAGCGAGAAACACAAGGCCCCGACUUGGGGGCGUUUGAUGUAUGCUGCCUCCUGCUUCUCUCAAACUGUGUGUGCUCUGCCUCGGUGCAGUCAGAAUUCGCUGCUUAUGUGUCUCAUAGUCGGAGUCAUGGGUGGCUCCUUACCUUGCUGAUGUGGACCGGGACCACUUGAAGAGGGGGGAGGGAACAGAAAUAAAGGAGGUGCUUGUAAUGGGCUGGCACGGGGAAAGACAUUCAUUCUUUACCGGGAAAGGAAAAAUCAGAGACAACUAACUGAAAUGUCCCUUUAGAUGAUGUCCGGAUGCUUUCGAUUGCGCUGAUUCAACGAUGAUUGUAAAAACAUGAAUAGUUACGGUACCAUAAAGAAAAUGUGAAUACACUCGUGUGAAUGAAAAGCAGAUAUUCAGCGUACUUUGAAUAUGAUACAAAACACCGUACGUACAGAUCCAGAGAUUCAAACAUCCUGCUAAUAUACCUCAUGCCUUAAGAAAACCCUCCUACUAAAAAGGGGAAAACUGAGUGUGAGGAUUCCUACUGGAUUGAAAACUCAAGAUCUGCAUUAUCACUUACUUAAUUUAAAACUUUCCACUAAUUAAAAUAAACUCUGAUCAUUUAAAAGCAAAAAUCUUAAGCAGCAGUGAUACAUUGAAGCAUAGAAACCCAUCCCUUCACGGGCCUAGGUAUCAAUACAUCCCCGGCCAAAACCUUCCAACAGUUUCCAUCAUGAAAGUUACCACGCUGACGUGUCCACCUGCAAGUGACAGGCGGGUCACUGGAGUAACAGGCCGUCAGUGGUCCUGAGGAGGGGUGCAGUGUCCUUCCUUCCAGUGUUCACCUACGUUCAUCCCCCUGCAUCAUGUGAUCCCAGUGGACGAGGGGACACACAUCUGCUCAAACAUACAUAGCAUCGUUUGUCUAGCUACCAAAUGCAGACCGAAACACAGAAUUCUUCUUCUGGGGGGCAGAGAGGAGAGGGGCUACAGGGCAGUGGCGUGCAGAGACUGACACUGGCAUGUUGUCGUGGGGGCUCUGAACUUGUUUUUCACACAUUACAUUUAUUUCCACGAAAACGAACUGGGGACCAGUUGAAUUUGACACACACACACCUACGCAACAAGGCUUUACCAGUGAAUUUUCACGUCGUUCUUUCUGCUGCUCCUCCAGCCCUUUGCUCAGCUUCUUUCCUGGUGGUAGCUGUGCCAAAGCAUUGCUUCGGGAGGAGAGCAUUUUCCAUUCCUUGCUAGGCUCUGAGCAUUCCCGAGCAAAAGGACUAUAUGUACAUAUCCACCUUUUCCCCCACCGCCCCACUUUCGCCUACAUCACAAGUAUCACUUUGGAUGUGGGAAAGCCAUUCUGUUCUAGGCCAACGCUGGACAAGUGUCCAUUCUUUCUAUGGCAGAUGCCUUGCCCUAGUCAGUGGUUCUGCACAUCUGAUACCCUCAACACCACUUUUUCUUUAUCUUCACUGCCAAAAAUAAUCAGUACAGUUCUGGCUCAUGCCAGGUACAAAAGUAAACAGUCCAAUUAUGUAAACAUUAAUCUAACUCAUAAACCACCUAAAGGGGCCCAAGAGUGAUACUUUGAGAUGCAGUCUCCUAAAGGAUAAUGACAGGGGAGCUGACAAGAACUGAGAAGAACGAUUUCAUUUUAGAUCUGUAACACCAGUAACCAGUUAAACAGGGAGCAUGCUACCUGGCUAAACAGCCAACUCUUUAUUGUCAUUAAUGGUGGGGGGGAGGGGAGGGGGGCGGAAACUGUAUCCCUGUCUCUUCUUAAAAACUAUAAAUCCAUUACAUUUUCAGGUUGUGCCUUACUACCACUGAGUUUGAUUUGCUGAUUCUAAUUGUCUUCAUUGGUAUCAAUUUUCAUGUAAAUGAUAGUCAAGUCUUAAAAGCCUGUAUACGUGGAUAAGUAAAUAAACACCUCCACACUGAGAUAUGACCUCAAGAUGUUUCAUUUAACUCACUGUAAGCCCUAGGUAUCACCACAAAAUUAAUCCCAACUACUGUCCACUCAGUACUGCCCCGGCCAUAAGGCCACGGCCAUUCAUACAGAUGCCAGAGAUGCUCUUGUUUAUUCACUAUGAUAGAAGAGUCCGACCUAGAGCACGAACAGACACAAUGACAGUUUAGAGAAGCCAUGUUAGUUAAACCAUAAGCUAGAAUAACUUAUUUAUAUUCCAUAUCUGUAAGGAAGCUCACCACAAGUUCACAACCGUACCACUGGGAAACUGGCAAUCUGUAAGAGAAUGACCAGUUUAAUAUGUGGCACCUCAAAAUCAUAGCAAAUCAAAAGAGCGGGAAUAAACUUAAUUUUUCUUAAAGAGUAUGAUCUACGUAGUAGUCAGGAGA